GUCGGAUGUUUACAGUGGUGUGAGCGGGCAUAAGCGGAGCAUUGGUGCUGGAUUACAGAGCAUGGCCGCCUACUAAGACCAACACAUCCCCUCCCCCUUUCGAUCCAGUGCGUGGCGCGCCCGCUGUAACUCAGGUGUCAGUAACAGGGUGUGGCUGAGAAGCACGCUUACCGCUUGAAAUAAUGGCGUAUAUAUUUUUGAUAAAUUAUUUAUACAGACUAGUUUGAAGUAGCUUUAGUUGUGUAAACUUUUUGCUCUUCCUUUUUAUGCUACCAAUCUUAAAGCUAAACAUGACACUGCGCUGAACCUAACACGACCCUAUAAAAGGAAUGACGCUCUGCUGCAUUGGGCAAUCGCUCGGCCCCCUGUAGCUCUGGCCCGUUCAGUGCAUCAGCCCCAUCGUAGCGGCGCUAGCUCCCUGUUCAUCCACUGUAGCAAGCUUGCUUCGCAAACAGGCAAAAAAAACUGCCGCAUCCAAUCAGAGCGCUCGCGCGUGUCGUGUCCUUUUUCCCUUCCCACUCCUUGCUUCACCUUCGACCCUUUUCCCAAAGAGCUUCCUCCAAAGCCACCAUCACAACUUAACAAUCGUCCCGCGUUGGGUUUCUGAUCUACAGUCGACACCAAUUGAAUCUAGACAUCGACACGCCACUACAAGCCCGGACCAUUACAAUACUGCACAAGUCUGGUUCACCCCCGUCCCCUAAUCAGCCAUGUCGCUAAACAUCUUCCGCAUUGCUGCGGACUUCUCGCAUCUGGCGAGUAUCCUCAUUCUCUUGCACAAGAUGGUGCAAAUGAACAGUUGCUCCGGUAUCUCCUUCAAGUCGCAGGCCCUCUACCUCAUCGUCUAUGUUACCCGAUACCUUGAUCUCUUCUCGACGCACACCCUCUACAACUUCGUCUUCAAGGUCAUGUUCAUCGGUUCCCAGGGAUACAUUGUCUACCUCAUGACAAACGCAUACAAGCCUACCAACGAUCCCAACGUCGAUACCUUCAAGGUGCAAUACCUCUUCACCGGUGCCGCCGUCCUCGCCAUCAUCUUCCCAUACUCCUACACCAUCUCGGAGAUCCUUUGGGCCUUUUCCAUCUGGCUCGAGUCCGUCGCAAUUCUGCCCCAGCUCUUCAUGCUUCAGCGCACCGGUGAGGCAGAGACAAUCACCACUCACUACCUCUUCGCUCUCGGUAUCUACCGCGCUCUCUACAUCCCCAACUGGAUCUACCGCUACGCCGUCGAGUCGAACUACAAGACUGAUUGGAUCGCCAUCAUCGCUGGCCUCGUUCAGACCGUUUUGUACAGCGAUUUCUUCUACAUUUACUAUAACAAGGUCCUCAAGGGCAAGAAGUUCAAGCUUCCCGUCUAAGGCUCUGCGCCAAGCUACUAGACACGGGUUCCACUGCUGCUUUUCUACUCUGCGAGUGAUACAAGAACACCUGCCAUGAAGCAGCAUGGAUAUUGACAAUAUCGACCCAAAAGGGCCGACUAGGAUUGCAAGUUUUUUUUUUCGAUAUGCGGACACGAAUACAAAGGAUAAUUGGCAUGCGGCACCGUUGACCCAAGAGACGCAACAGACAUAUCUGCAGUGACUUUGGACGGCGGGCCUGCAAUUACACGGCGUUUUAAAAAGGAGAAAUGGGUUCAAGGGCUCAUACAGCACAAACUCCAGACCUGACAUUCAUCCUGGAGAUGUAUACAAGUCUGGACUCGCCAGCACUAACAUCCCUCAGGGCUGUCGCUUGUACUUCCAAUGACUACCACACCCGACACUAAUGAAUACAAAAUUAAUUGACCAAUGCAUAACUGUGAUGCUCCCUAGUUAAAAUUUGUGCUUAUCAUUAAAAUAUGUCCAAAUUAGUACCAGAAAGUGAUUCAAAUGCAAAUUAAAAGGUAUCUG